CCUACUCCACCAGGAAUGAGUAAGCAGGGCUCGGUAAAGUUGCCAGACCUCUGGCGAAAUAAGUCCAAGGAGAAAUCUCUUGGGAUGCUACUAAAGCGUCUUACUAAAGAAGCGCAGAAGUCGAAGGGCAACUUGACAGAGGGAGAUGACGCUUUAGAUUGGCUGAAGCCGCGUACACUUAUCAAACCUGACGACCAGGAGGACAUUCCGGAAGGAGACCUUGACGAAGAUGUCGGUCGGGUCCUGACACAGAUCAACCCGCAGUGGGUCGCGGAUGAGGUCGCGUACCACUACGGAAAGGCCCUGUUCACCUAUAAACCUAAGCCAACGUUCGGGAAGGCGUACCCACUGUUCGUCUACCAGGGCACCGCCAUUCGUAAGGAUUCCGACGAAGCUAAAGCACAAAUUGCUGCCGGUUACGGUAAGGUGAGUUUCGACGACGCGGGGCCAAAGCGCGUGAAGGUGAAAAAGACGGCGGAGGACGCGGAGGACGAGGAGGAACCAGAACCAGAGGCGCCGCCGCCCGCCGUCGAGGAGGCCAAAGCGGAAGAGGAGCAAAAGCCGGAGGAAGAAAAGGCAGCGGCGGACCAGGGUCCAGAAGUGGCUGAGGGCGAGCAGCAAGAAGGAAACGCCGCUGACGAGGCCGAACCGGAAGAGACCGAGGAAAAGGGCGGGGGCGGCGCACCACCCGCAGGAGACGACGAGAUUGUCAUCAGGCCUCGUGUCAAGAAGCUCGCCAACCAGUUCAACUUCUGUGAGAGGGCUGCUCUCACAUUCAACAACCCUCGGCGUUCAGUGGAAACUCAAACGAUACCACCGUCGCGAGCGAACUUCAGCAGCGUGGCCCUACAGAGCAUCAUAUUCGACUUCUACCAACAGGACUAUGCCAGGAAACUGAAAGAGAAGGAAGAUGAAAAACCUAAGAGAUUGCGAAAGAAAGCGGCCAAGCAUGCGAAGUCCGCGCAACAGAUUCACGACGAGCAACUCGCACAGCGCGUGCGCGAGGCUUGGUCCGUGCUCGAGCGGCUGGUCAACCAGAACAUCUAUGACGAUAUUGCUCAAGACUACCGAUAUUGGGAUGACCCGUCGGACGAGUUCCGUGAAGGCAUGGGCUCUCUGCUGCCGCUUUGGAAGUUCCAAUACGAACCUAUGCGCAGCCACGCAGUCUGUGACGUCGCCUGGAACCCGCAUUAUCAAGAUUUGUUCGCUGUCGCAUAUGGAUCGUUGGAUUUUACCAACCAACAAAAGGAGGGAUGCCUGUGCCUGUACAGCAUCAAGAACCCGGCAUACCCCGAGUACGCGGUCGUUACCGAAUCCCCGCUCAUAUGCCUCGAUGUCUACCAUGAGACUCCUUACCUUAUUUGCGUUGGCCGCUACGACGGUAACGUGUGCGUUUACAACGCUCAGUUGACAUUGGAGUCUUCUUACCAGUACAAAUCGGACUCCGUCAAAGAUAAACACACCAGUAUUGUAUGGGAGAUCCGCUGGGGUCCCCGCCUGAUCGACGGCGAGGCCUCCUUCUUCUCUAUAUCCGGCGAUGGUCGCGUGGUGCAAUGGGCGGUGAUGCCGGGCGAGCUGCAGGCCACGACCAUCAUCACGCUGCAGUCGCCCGUGGCCCCCAUCCCUGGGCCCGACGGGACCAUGCUCACCGUUAACAGUUGCGGCAGCUGUAUCUGCUUCCACCCCGAGAAGACCGAGAUCUUUAUGGUGGGAACGGAAGACGGCAUGAUCCAUACUUGCUCCUUGAAGUACAAUCGUAACUACGUGCGCUCUGUCCAGGCCCACCACAUGCCGGUGUACAGGAUCAACUACAACUACUAUAACAACAGUAUUUACGCGUCUUGCUCCGGCGACUGGAGGGUAAAGAUAUGGGAAGAUGGACGAGACGAGCCUCUGUUCAUGUUCGAGCUGGGCGCCGCGGUGGGCGACGUGAAGUGGGCGCCCUACUCCAGCACCGUCUUCGCGGCCUGCACUGCCGAGGGAAAAGUGUACGUGUUCGACUUGAAUGUAAACAAAUACCGGCCGAUUUGCAUUCAGGCCGUGGUCUCCAAGAAGACAAAAAAGUUGACGCGGCUGGACUUCAAUUCGCGGCUGCCUGUCAUUGUCUGCGGUGACACUAAGGGAUCCGCUCACGUAUUAAAACUGUCACCGAAUUUGCGAGUCAUGUGCAAGCCGCCAAAGAAAGCAGUUGGUGUUGAUCAAAGAACGCUCCAGAUAAUGAAGUUGGAUAAACUGUUGACUUUAGUUCGCGAUCCGCCUUACAAAGUGGGAGUCGUGGAUGAAAAAUUUGAAGACGACUAAAGAUUUACUUACUCUCCUUUUUAUAAUUUACGAUAUUAUUAAUUAUAAAACUAUUUAUAUUUCAAAUAAAACUUCAAACAUA